UCUCAACCUGAUGAUGAGGACCUUGUGCCCAAACGUAGACAACGAAGAUGCUCUUGAAACAGUGCUCGAAGUUCCGAUACCGGAGGAAACCUUCGAUGAUACCAAGAUCAACCACAACACCAACUCUUGGAAAACCUUGAAAUCGUGGAUGAAACCUCAUUCCACCGAUCAAAGACGCCAAUUUUCUGACUACGGUGGUCGGAACGCUGAAAUUCAGCUCUUGCUCGGAGUCGUCGGAGCUCCCCUCGUCCCUCUUCCCAUCUCUUCUGGCCACCCUAACAUUAUCAACCCAGAUAACCCCAUCGAGGCUUCAAUGGCUAAAUACAUCGUGCAACAAUAUAUAGCUGCGGCGGGAGGAGAAAGGGCGUUGAAUUUAGUUCAAAACAUGUACGCCGUAGGGACGGUGAAGAUGGUGGCGUCAGAGUGCAUCGCCGAAGACGGAGUAACUAUGAACUGCGGUGGUGGUAAGGCGAUGAAGGCCAAAAACAUUAAAAACGGCGGUGGUGAGAUGGGUGGGUUUGUGUUAUGGCAAAAAAGACCGGACCUUUGGUCUCUAGAACUGGUUCUUUCCGGAUACAAAAUCAGCGCCGGCAGCGACGGGAAGGUGGCGUGGCGACAGACACCGUGGCACCAUUCUCAUGCAUCUAGAGGCCCCCCCAGACCUCUUCGUCGUUCCUUACAGGGUCUUGACCCAAAGUCAACCGCAAAUUUGUUCAACAAUUCGAUUUGCAUAGGGGAGAAGACAAUCAAUGGGGAAGAUUGCUUUGUGUUAAAGCUGGAAGCCGAGCUUUCGACUCUAAAAAUACGAAGCAGUACAAACGUAGAGAUCAUGAAGCACACAAUUUGGGGGUAUUUUAGUCAAAAAACAGGUCUUUUAUACCAACUUAAAGAUUCACAUCUCAUAAGAAUAAACACACCUGGAAGUGAUAGUGUGUUUUGGGAGACAACCAUGGAGUCACUAAUCCAAGACUACCGGACCAUCGAUGGAGUCAACAUAGCUCACGGUGGUCAAACCACGGUUUCAUUGUUUAGAUUCGGUGAGGACUCUGAAAGCCAUUCACAGACAAAAAUGGAGGAGAUUUGGACGAUUGAGGAGGUGGAUUUCAACAUAAAGGGUCUUUCAAACGACUGUUUCUUGCCACCAAGUGACUUGAAAAAGGAGGAUGAUAAGCAAAUUGUUCAUGAUGCCACGAGUGGUGACAAGUUUAUUGGAAGCACCAAGUUUGCCUCCAGGAGCCGAGGAAAUUCGUCUAGGUUUGGUGUUCAUAAGAUUGUGGCGAUUGAUUCUGAUGGUUUUGGGGACUUGUGACGUUGUUGUUGUUUGAUUAUAUCAUGUUUUGU